ACCCCCCUCCGCGACAACACCAUCGAUACUGCCAGGUUCGCGUGCAGAAUCGCCAUCAUCGACUUCGAGCAACACGUGGACGAUAAUCGCGCGCUUUUUCGGUCGCUGGCGGGCCACGAUUGAUUCACGAGCGGCACGUCACAGUCUGCGAGACUGCAUUCUUACCGAGCGCGCAGCGCAAUAAUACCAUCAUCGAGCAUCACAUCAGUGGUAGAGUCAUCAUAAUAGCGGCGCGACCGAGUGGGUUCGAGUGCGUUAGGCGAGGCGGCGGCCUUCAGUGAGGUUGCGCGUUGUUCGUAGGGGAGAGGUGGCGGACGACAUCUUCGAGAGACGAAGAAGAGACGAAGAGCAAGCGAUACGCACUAAACGCGCAUCACGGGUAAACUCUCGUCUUGAAAAGGCCUGACAAGGUCAAUCGGCUGCAAGCUACAAGACACAAACGAGCCGACAAGUCUGUUCCACCACCGCAAACAUGUCGACGUUUGCCCACUCCGAUGCACCGCUCAAGACGGUGAAGGAGAUCCAAUUCGGACUCUUCUCGCCGGAAGAGAUCAAGAACAUGAGCGUGUGUCAUAUCGAGUAUCCAGAGACGAUGGAUGAACAACGCAACCGGCCGCGAGAGAGAGGCCUGAACGACCCCAAGCUGGGCACCAUCGACCGCAGCCAGAUGUGUGCUACCUGUGGCGAAAGUCAACAGGAGUGUCCUGGACACUUUGGACACAUCGAGCUGGCGGUCCCGGUGUACCACGUGGGCUACAUCACCAAGAUCAAAAAAAUUCUCGAGUCUGUGUGCAACAACUGCGGAAAGCUCUUGGAAGAUGAACGCAAUCCUACCUUUGCGCUAGCCAUCAAACUUCGCGACCCCAAGCGUCGCUUCGAGGCCGUCACCCGACUUUGCAAGCCCAAGAUGGAUUGUCAGACAGAUGAGCCUAGUGAUGAAGACGGCCAAUUUGGCGAUGAUCCCAAGAAACCCAAGCUCGCAGGUCACGGUGGCUGCGGCAACAUGCAACCCACUAUUCGAAAAGAUGGGCUGAAGUUGAUAGGGACAUGGAAGAUGCCGAAGAACGAGGAUACCGGCGAAGACAAUUCACCGGAGAAGAAGCCAAUCACUCCCACUGACGCGCUUAGGGUCUUCAGAAACAUCUCGGACGAGGAUCUUUAUCGCUUAGGCUUGAACGUGGACUACGCACGACCGGAGUGGAUGAUUCUGACAGUCCUGCCCGUACCACCUCCAGCAGUUCGACCCAGCAUUUCUGUCGACGGUACCAGUCAGGGCAUGCGUUCAGAAGAUGAUCUGACCUACAAACUGUCCGACAUCAUCCGCGCAAAUUCGAACGUGCGACGAGCUGAGCAAGAAGGCUCGCCAGCUCACAUCACCGAAGAGUUUACCCAACUCCUGCAAUACCAUGUUGCAACAUACAUGGACAACGACAUCGCCGGUCUGCCAAAGUCUAUACAGAAAUCUGGCCGCCCACUCAAGGCCAUCCGCGCACGUCUGAAGUCCAAGGAGGGGCGUCUCCGAGGAAACCUGAUGGGCAAACGCGUAGACUUCUCUGCACGCACAGUCAUCACAGGUGACCCAAAUCUUGAUCUCGACCAGGUUGGUGUUCCUAGGUCAACAGCCAGAGUUCUGACCUUUCCGGAGAGAGUCACGCCGUACAACAUCCACAAGCUUUCAGAACUUGUUCGAAAUGGCCCAUCUGAGCACCCCGGUGCAAAGCACAUCAUUCGUGAGGACGGCUCAAGAAUUGAUUUGCGCUAUCACAAGCGUGCCGGAGAAAUCCAGCUGCAGAAUGGAUGGAUUGUCGAGCGCCACAUUGUCGACGGUGAUUAUAUUAUUUUCAACCGCCAGCCUUCGCUGCACAAGGAGUCUAUGAUGGGUCACAGAGUUAAGGUCAUGCCUUAUUCGACCUUCCGCCUCAAUCUUUCGGUCACUUCGCCAUACAACGCCGAUUUCGAUGGAGAUGAGAUGAACUUACACGUCCCUCAGAGCCACGAGACACGAUCAGAAGUCGCCAAUUUGUGUGCUGUACCACACAAUAUCGUGUCUCCACAGAAGAAUGGUCCCCUCAUGGGUAUUGUGCAAGACACCAUGGCUGGUAUUUACAUGAUGACAAAGCGCGACACAAUGAUGGACUAUGAACAGGUCAUGAACAUUAUGCUUUGGGUUCCAGGCUGGGAUGGCAUAGUACCGCAACCCGCAAUCUUGAAGCCUGUUCCUCGCUGGACUGGCAAGCAGAUCAUGUCGAUGGGUUUGCCGUCUGGUCUCAACAUCAUGAAGCUUGGUGAUGAUGAAGAUCACAUUUCGCUCGCAGAAGCUGACUCGUCAGUCUUGGUUCAGAACGGCGAGCUCGUAUGGGGACGUCUUACCAAAAAGCUUGUGGGUGCUUCUGGUGGAGGUAUCGUUCACCUCAUCUUCAACGACCGUGGCACCGAUGCCACCGUCGAAUUCUUCAACGCAGCGCAGCGCAUCGUCUGCUAUUGGCUAUUGCACAACGGAUUCAGCGUUGGCAUUGGCGAUACUAUUCCAGACGCGGACAUGGUUCUGGCCAUCGAGCAGAACAUUGUGAAGGAGAAGGCUACCGUGGAUGGCUACAUGCGCGAAGUGCAGUCGGAUGAGAUGGAAGCAUUGCCGGGUAUGACGAUUCGUGAGACAUUCGAAUCACAAACCAAGGCUGCUCUUGACAACGCCCGAAACAAUGCUGGUGAUGCGGCUUACAAGGGUAUGAAGCCUUGCAACAACGUGGGAGUCAUGGUCAAGGGUGGUUCCAAGGGCUCAACUACGAACGUCUCGCAGAUGACUGCAGCGGUCGGCCAGCAAUCUCUUGAAGGCAAACGUCUUCCUUUCGGCUUCAAGGAUCGUGUGUUGCCGCACUUUCCCAAGGAUGACUACUCGCCCGCAUCCAGAGGGUUCGUCGAAAACUCCUACCUGCGCGGGCUCACUCCGCAAGAGUUCUUCUUCCACGCUAUGGGUGGUCGUGAAGGGUUGAUCGAUACUGCUGUCAAGACUGCUGAAACCGGAUACAUUCAGCGUCGUCUCGUUAAAGCACUCGAGGAAAUUAUGAUCAAGUACGAUGGUACUGUCAGAAAUUCCCUCGGCGACAUCCUGCAAUUCGUCUAUGGUGAGGAUGGUCUCGACGCGACGUUCAUCGAGGGUCAAGCUCUAUCGAUAAUCAAGCAGUCACACUCGGCUUUCGACAAGAAGUACAAGAUUGAUGUGAUAAACCCAAGCAGCAAAGACCAGACACUAUCAUCGAACGUGUUGGAAAUGGCUGGUGAACUGCAGGGCGACGUCGAGGUCCAAGAGCUGUUUGACCAGGAGUACGAAGCGAUCAAGAAUGAUCGUAUCAAGAUCCGACAGGGGUUGGACGACCCAUCUGAUCAGCGUUUCCUGCCUUUGAACGUUUCCCGUAUGAUCCAGAACGCCAGAGACAAAUUUAAGAUCACGGACAACAGUAAGAGCGAUCUCGAUCCACGCGACGCUAUACCGAAGGUUGCGGCAUUGCUGGAUCGACUCAAGAUCAUUCGAGGUGAUGACGCCCUAACCCGGGAAGCCGAUGUGAACGCAACACUGCUGUGCAAGGCACUCUUCAGGUCGAGACUGGCGUUCAAGCGAGUUGUGAAUGAAGACAAGCUAAGCAAGCUUGCUUUCGACAACAUUCUAGGUGAUAUCGAGAAUCGCUUCUUGCGUGCCUUGGUAAGCCCAGGCGAAAUGGUCGGAGUCCUUGCUGCGCAGUCUAUUGGAGAACCCGCGACGCAGAUGACGCUCAACACCUUCCAUUUGGCUGGUGUGACUGCAAAGACAACCACGAAGGGUGUGCCUCGUCUCAAAGAAAUUCUCAAUGUCGCCGACAACAUCAAGACACCCAAUAUGAGAGUGUUCCAGGAGCCGCAUGCCACGACGAAGCAAGAGAGUGCGAAGCUUCUCCGCUCCAAAGUCGAGUUCACCAGCUUGCGAGGCGUAACUGACGCUGCAGAAAUUUACUACGAUCCAGAUGUACAGAGCACCGUCAUUGAAGAAGACCGCGAUAUGGUCGAGUCAUACUUCAUCAUUCCCGAAGAAGGUGAGAAUCCAGAUGCCCAGAGCAAGUGGAUGCUGCGUUUCGUGCUUGGACGUCGACAGCUUCUCGACAAGGGAUUGACAGUGACCAACGUUGCGGAGAAGAUCCGAGAAACAUACCCCAAGGAUGUGGCAGUCAUUUUCUCUGACGACAACUCUGAUGAGAUGGUUGUUCGUGUGCGUAUGACGAACCAAGCCGAUAAAGAAGAAGAGCUGGGUGAGUCGUCUGAAGACGACACUCUCAAGCAGCUGUCAGAGCACAUGCUUGACAAUGUUGUGCUUCGCGGUGUCCAAGGCGUCCGCCGUGUUUUCGUAUCAAAGGAUCUCAGCAUGAUUGAAGAAGCUGACGGCAAGCUCGUCAAGAGCAAGAACGACAAGGCUUGCGAAGAGUGGUACCUCGAUACCGACGGCAUCAAUCUCAAGGAUGUACUUGCAGUUGAGGGCGUGGACAGUACUCGCACGACUUGCAACCACUUCCAAUCGACCAUGAGAGUCUUCGGGAUUGAGGCUGUGCGAGCCUCACUCAUGCGCGAAUUGAAGGACGUGCUCACCAACGAUGGUUCGUACGUCAAUCAUCGACACAUGGCCAUUCUCUGCGAUGUCAUGUGUGCCCGUGGCGAGCUCAUGGCUGUCACGAGACACGGUAUCAACCGUGCAGACACUGGUGCGCUUAUGCGUUGUUCCUUCGAAGAAACCGUCGAAAUUCUCUUUGAGGCUGCGUCCUCUGGCGAACUUGAUGACUGUCGUGGUGUCUCGGAGAACAUCAUCCUCGGACAACUCGCGCCUAGCGGGACUGGCGAGUUCGACGUGCUGCUUGACAACGAAAUGUUGAAGACCGUCCCUCCACAAAUGGUGCUACCCGGGCGUGCAGGUGUUGGCGCAGGUGCAAUGUCGCCAAUGGCAGACGGUGCCAUGACGCCUUACGACAUGGGCUCUCCAAUGUCAGAGAGCGGCUUCACUGGUCCCGACUAUGGUGCCUCAUUCUCGCCAAUCAUCAACCCUGGUCAAGACGAGGGCGGUGGUCUUACUGCCUACGGCGGCUUCGAUGGUGGCAUGAGUCCAUACAGAGGCGGAAUGAGCCCUGGAUAUGCGCCUCAGUCGCCUUUCAGCGCUGGCAUGUCACCAGCCUCACCGGGUUAUGGUGGCGGCUAUUCACCAAGCAGCCCGUCCUUCGGUGGUGGAUUCUCGCCUCAAUCCCCUGGUGCAGCGCUCACGAGCCCUGCCUAUCAGAUGGGCUCGCCUGCUGGUUAUAGUCCAGCCUCGCCGGCGUACAGCCCAACUUCCCCUAACUAUUCUCCAAGCUCGCCCGCUUGGUCCGGAGGCGGCGGCAGCAAGGUCUCACCUACCAGUCCCAGCUACAGUCCUACCAGCCCAAGCUACAGCCCCACCAGCCCCAGCUACAGCCCAACGAGUCCGAGCUAUAGUCCAACGAGUCCGAACUACUCUCCGUCGUCCCCCAACUUUUCGCCAUCGAAUCAAGCGGGAGGUGCAAAGUACUCGCCAACCUCUCCUCAGUACUCGCCAAAAUCGCCUGCCUACAGUCCCACGAGUCCUACCUACAACGGGGGAGGCAGAGCCGCAUCUAGCACUUCUCCCGGAAGUCCCAGCUACUCGCCGACGAGUCCUGUCUACAGCCCGACGAGCCCACAGCAGAACGGAACGUCUCCUGGCUCCAACGGUACUAGCCCAACUUCUCCCCAGUACUCACCUACGAGCCCUCAAUACUCUCCUGCGUCACCCAAAGACGACGCGUAGGUCACCAGGGCCAACUAUUGCAUGCACUUUUCAAAGGGUCGCCCGUCAACAGCAGCGCGUCCUCUUAGUUGAGAUCACGCAAUGCAACAAUGGGCCACAUGACUCUUGUCUCUUUUUUCGCAACUGUAACACUAGCACAUCCAGCGUUUUCGCAGCAUACCAGGGCGUUUUGAAAAUUUGGACAUAAAAGCAGCGAUUGAGAAAAAACUUACAUCACAAAAGACAGUGUGGGGGGAGCGAGAGCGCUAUAUGAAGAAGACAGCGCUCAAGAUUGACUGGACCCGGAGCGUGCAGGAGACGCUGUUGAGAGUUUUACGCUUUGCGCCUCACUAGAAUGAUUCCCCAGAGGCUUUUUUUCGCGUGAAGUCUUUGCACUGCGCUGAGUUGGCGAGGCCUUGGGACGUACCUCCUUUUGGAGCUGAUACAUACGAGAAGACGGGACGCUGCAAGCAGGAGAUAGCUUGAGAUAAUCUCGAAAAUGCAAUACAGC